AUGUGGUCGUCUCUAUCAAAAUUUGGAGGUGAGGCUGGUAUCACAUCUAAAAUGAGCCAGACAAAUGAACCAAUGGCUACCAAGCCAUCCAGCGAAAAGGAUUCUGAAGAAGCAACCUCUAGAGAAUACAUCACCAUGCGUAAGAGUGCCUCAGUACUCCUGGAUGUAGUGAAACAGUCACCUAUUACCAUUGGCACUGCCAUGUUUGCUGAAGAAUUUAUAUCUGAAUACAUUAGAGAUCUCACUGGACCAACAGGCAACAAAGCUGAUGUAGAGAAGGCUCAGAUACUUGUCAAUACGAUGACGGAUUAUGUGAAAGCAAAUCCACGCUCCUACUACAAGUUUAUCAAGCUACUAGAAAAAGAAGGGCCCUGGACGAAACAUUCUAUAAAAACAGUGAAAGCUACUUAUAUUGGCCAAAUGAAGCUCUUAAUCUGUGGAAGGCCAGGGGUCGGAAAAUCUACGCUGGUGAAUUCUUUUCUGAAAGAAAAGCUUCCAGAAAUUGAAGGACAUUUUUUAAAGCGUAAAACAGUAUGUGUUUACGAGUACCAUACAACAAAACAUGGCAUAAGCAUAGCUUUGUGUGAUACUCCAGGUCUGCAAGAUGGCACAAGGGACAAAGAAUAUCUUAGAAUAUUAUCGCUAAUCUACUCUAAGUACGACUUUACGCUCUUCUGUAUUAAUUGCAAUCAAUCAAGAUUUGUGCCAGGUGACGAUAACCCAGAUAUUAUUGCAAUGAAAAAGCUAACAGUAACAUUUGGAGUCGAGUUGUGGAAAAGCACUGUGAUCGUGCUCACACUUGCAAACGUUCUAAAGGCUACGAUCGAUGAUUUAUAUGAAGAUGAUGAUUUACAUGAAGAUGAUGAAAAAUAUAUAAAACAAUUGGAAAAAUUGAGGGAAGUAAUACGAGUGAGACUUCUUGAAGAUAUUCAUCUCCCAAAGGAGGUGGUAGAUAGAAUAAAGAUCGUACCUGCAGGUCACUACAAAAAGCCAUCCCUUCCCGGCAUCGAUAAUUGGCAAAAUAAUCUUUUGUCAGAGCUACGUGCAUCGUUAAGCUAUUUGUACUUGUAGUGCACUGCUGGUGUAAUAGUUUACAUUAUGAGUAGUCCAGGCAACUGCGCCCUAACCUCGAAGAACAGGCCACCGCUCUUUCGAAGAACCAUGGUUAACCUUUUUAUGUUUGUAUCUUACAUUCUUUUAUAUAUCUCCAGAAUAGGCCCUGAUAUAUUUUUUCCAUUCAUUGUAAUGAUUCAUUUCAUGUACAAAUUGGACCACCUUGGCUCCCUCCUAUAUUAUAUCUUUGGAGUCGGAGAGCUCAAUAAUCAAAGAUCAAUUUUU